AUGUUACAUCACCACUGCCGGAGGAACCCCGAACUACAGGAAGAAUUGCAGAUUCAGGCUGCGGUGGCUGCUGGAGAUGUUCACACUGUGCGCAAGAUGCUAGAGCAGGGCUAUUCUCCAAAUGGUCGAGAUGCCAAUGGCUGGACCUUGCUCCAUUUCUCAGCAGCAAGAGGAAAAGAAAGAUGUGUCCGUGUAUUCCUCGAACAUGGAGGUUGGUUGACUUAAAUGAGGUGGGGGUGAAAUUUGACCAAGCAUCAAGGAUUUUAUCCAUUGCACCUUCACUUUAAACUCUUGUUGGUUGGUUGGUUGAUUGAUUGGUUGGUUGGUUGGUUUAUGGCAGUGGCCACAUUCAGAUGACCACAUCUCUGCUUAGUAAGUCAAGAUAUGUGCAAACUUCAUGAACCUUGCUUCCCACUUGGUGUGAGUAUGCAAACCAGAUGGGAAAUGGCAGCUUGUCUUCCAGUCAUGCCUGAAUCUGGAAACCGUCACUUGAAAGUUAGCCUCCAGAUCUUGACUUGACUGAAAGCAAUUAACCAUAGUUCCUGGUUGGGCGUAAUGGGAAGCUAUUGUUAACUGCCGCUUCCUGGCUUGUUCGCUGGAGGGAGAAAUGAAGGAACUGCAUACCUGUAUGAAGCUCACUCAUGUUGAGCAUAGGUUUUUAUCAUCUGAAUGUGGCUCUUUUUGCAUUUGGCUUCACAAAAUGAUCAGGUAAGCUGGGUAGGACUUAAUUUAUGUAUUUUUAAUUUUCUGUAGUUUAAAUCUAAUAGUGAAUUAAAAAAUAAAAAAGUGAGUAGGCAAACUAUGGAAUUGCAAAAUGCACCACAAGGGGGCUCCCCUCUGUUAUGUAUUUUGAAUACUGUACAUACCAGAGAAAUAACAGGUUGCUAGGAUGCUCAAGGAAUCCAUUCACUUUGCAUCUAGGCUAUGUUAGUUUUCUCUUGUUAAGUUAUUUAUUUAUUAAAUUUAUAUGUUGCUCUUUAUCUGAGGAGCAGAAGGCGGGUUACAAUAUAAAAAACACAAAAAUAUAUAAUAACAAACAGAACAACACCCCCCCCCCCCAGUUUAAAAGGCAAUAGAUUGUUUAAUAGCCAAAGUUUGCCUGGGAGAAGAGGAAUGUUUUCAACUGGCACCUGAUAUGUAAUGAAGGCACCAGAUGAGCCUCUUUGGGGAGAGUGUUCCACAAAUAGAGAGUCACCAUCGAAAAGGCCUGUUCUCUAGUUGCCACCUUCUGGACUUCUCAUGGAUGUGGCAAAGGAAGAAGGGCACCUCAGAUGAUGAUCACAGGAUCUGGGUUGGUUCAUGUGAAAAGAGGCGAUCCUUGAAGUAUUGCAUUCCCGAGCCAUUUAAGGCUUUGCAGGUCAAAAACAACACUUUGAAUUGAGCCUGGAAACUAAUUGGCAAUCAGUGCAAUCAGGCCAGUACAGUGGUACCUCAGGUUACAUACGCUUCAGAUUACAGACUCCGCUUACCCAGAAAUAGUACCUCGGGUUAAGAACUUUGCUUCAGGGUGAGAACAGAAAUUGUGCUCCGGCGGCAUGGCGGCAGCGGGAGACCCCAUUAGCUAAAGUGGUGCUUCAGGUUAAAGAACAGUUUCAGGUUAAGAACGGACCUCUGGAAUGAAUUAACUACUUAACCCGAGAUACCACUAUAUUGGUGUUACAUUCUCAAACCACCUUUCCCUGGUGAGCAACCUGGCACUGAAUUCUGCACUAGCUGAAGUUUCUGAAACACCUGGAGAGGCAGCCCACAUGUAUAACAUGUUGCAGUACCCUAGAGGUUACCAGAGCAUAGACAACAGAAGUUAGGGGUUCAGCUAGGCCACCAGCCAAAGCUGAUGGAAGGCACUCUGCACCACAGAAGCCGACUGUGCCUCAAGCGACAGCAAUAGAUCCGGUAGUAUUCUCAAGCAGUAUACCAACUCCUUCAGAGGGAGUGUAAUGCCCUCAAGAGCAGGCAACCUCCCAUCUAUCCAAUCUAGGAAACCACCCAUUAACUGCCUUAGUCUUACCUCAAUUGAGCUUCAGUUUAUUGGCUCUCAUCCAGUCCAAGACACCUGCAGAUGUAAGGGAGAAGUAGAGCUGUGUGUCAUCAGCAUAUCGCUGACAUUGUACUGCAGAAUUCUGUAUGACCCCACUCAGCUGUUUCAUGUAGGUGUUAAGUAGAAUGUGGGAUAAAAUUUAAUUCUGAGGAACCCCACAUUGAAGGCUCCAUGGGGCUGAAGAGCAUUCCUCAAGUAUCACCCUUGGGGAAAUAAACAUCCAAGAAGGAACAGAACCACAGCAAAGCAGUGCUUUGAAACUUUUGUGUAAGCCAACUAUCAAAUGUAGAUGAUGAUACUGUGGUACCUCGGUUGUCGAACAUAAUCCAUUCCAGAAGACUGUUCAACUUCCGAAAUGUUCUACAACCAAGGCACAAUGGGCGAUUGGCAAAUUCCAUUGAGAAAAUGGAGAAACACGCCUCGGAAGCCGUUCAGCUUCCAAGGCGCAUUAAAAAACGAAAGCAUUCACUUACAGGUUUUCGGCGUUCGGCUUCCAAAUCGUUCGGCUUCCGAGACGCUCGAAAACCAAGGUUCCACUGUAGCAAUGUUUAAGAGGUGUUCUGUUUUUGUGUCUUUGGUUUCUUUGAACUGGUAACAUACGGUAGUUUUUCUAAGCAGCUUCGGAGCCCAGCCAUCAUUGCAAAUGUUCAAAGGGAGCUCCUGGGAGUGAAAAGAUCUGAUUUGGACCCAUGAGAGCACCCAUCUCUCUUCUCCACCCCACCCCCACUGGUACAGUGUCCCUGGGAGGCUCGGUGUAUAUUUCCACAUCAUUUCUAUAGUCAUUUGCAGCCCUAUUUGAACAUAGUCACAGUAGCAGCUGGUCUUGGAAGCUCCUUGGGAGUGCCUAUUUUACCAGUUUAAAGUUUGUCUUUUUAAAAGCAGCCUUCAGCCUAUGUAGUAAAACAUAAGUACCAUUCUAAAUGUGAUUCUAGUACAGACAUUUUAUUUUUGCUUCAAAACUUGUAAAUAGUAAACAAAGAACCUGGGAAUUAACAAUGUGAAAGUGACACAGACUGACCAUCCCUAGUUAAGGGCAGUUCUCCAGAACUCUGUACUACAGGGAUUGAACAAAAGAAAUUGUGUGUAUUACGGUUAAACCAGGGGUUGUGUUCGCACUUGGGGGGCGGGGAGCAAAGAGAGAGCUAUUUGUGCAUUAAUGGGAAGCCACAGUUCAGAGGUUGCUAAAAUGUGGCCCUUCAUAAGUUGCCAGACUACAGCUCCUGCAUUCCUGAGAAUUGGCUAUGCUUGCAGGAACUGAUGGAAGUUUGGAGCCCAAUAUCAUCUAGAGCAGUGUUUCUCAACCUUCGGCCACCAGCUGUUUUUGAACUACAACUCCCAUCAUCCCUGACCACUGGUCCUGCUAGCUAGGGAUGAUGGGAGUUGUAGUCCAAACCAGCUGGAGGCCCAAGGUUGAGAAACACUGAUCUAGAGGGCCACAGGUUCCCCAACCCUGCCAUAGUUAAUGGUUUCCAGGAAAGUAUGAACAUGGCCGCUGUGCAUAAAGUGAAUUGGAGCCUAUGUGCUAGAAUGUAAAAUUGGUGAAUUCAAGAUAAGAUGACAGAAAGACUGGAAUUUAAUGAAAGGGAAACUCUGAGAACUUUUGUGUGGCCUCUUACUGGGGAAAUUUUUCUGGAGGCAAGAACUUAUGGAACAAACGGAUCCAAGUGAAUCAUGUUUUGCCAAAAUCCAACAAAGCUUUGUAUGCCACAUAAGUACCCCUUCAUGUGUCUAAUAUACAUAAAUUUACUAGAGGCUGAGGUUUUACUAUGGGAAUGAUUUUGAACACUCAAGGAAAGCAUGAUUAUGUAUUUUUCAGUUCUCCUCAUGUAGCUCCCACCUUCUGUUGACAGUAGUGUGUUUAUUGUAGACUCUUCUGUAUUAUCUUACAUUGCUCCAGUAGAGUAGAUUCCUCUUGCUUACCGUACGCUAUAUUUGUAAGAAAAAGAAAGAUACCUUUGUGUUGCAAGAAAUAGUUCUCAUGCUUUAUCAUUGUAUCUCUUAGAUCUUGUACAUGUAUGUCUGAGUGCAUGUGCUGCAUAAACACGAAGCCCAUUUCUUCUAGAUGGUGCUAACAUGGAACUGAGCAUUUAAUGAGGGGGUCGAUUUGUGCCAUGAAAUGUACUACUAGUUAAUUAGGAGAAUAGCACAGAAAUAGCCUAUUGCUGCUUUAAAGCAGAGCUUAUAAAUCAGGCUUCCUCAAACUCGGCCCUCCAGAUGGUUUUGGCCUUCAACUCCCAUGAUCCCUAGCUAGCAGGACCAGUGGUUAGGGAUGAUGGGAAUUGUAGUCUCAAAACAUCUGGAGGGCUGAGUUUGAGAAAGCCUGUUAUAAAUGAUCAAAAUGCAUAAAGAGUUGGCAAGUUUUAGCUUAAACUUCAAGUAUUGCAAAUUGUAUGAUCUUUUAAGGUCCAGUAGAAUGAAUUAUGACCUUUUUUAUCCUUCCUGUGGUAAGUAAGUGUGGCCAGAAGAUGGCAGUACAAGUGUUUGCAAAACCGAUUUAGAACUGCAGUGAAUUUACUCCCAAAAAUUACUGUGUGAGUCUUGAUGUCUGAUAAUCUCCACCUGUUCCCUAGUUAUGCAAAUAUUCAUCAGAAUAUUUGAUAGCUUCGAUAUCCAAUGAUUUUUUUUUAUUUCACUAUUUGAUAUCUGCCAGUUUAUAUUAGCUAUAUUUGAUAGUUCCUAAAAAGUAUUUGACAUUAGCCAUACUUUGAUAGCUGGUAGGCAGUAGUAUGUUAAAGUGGUUUUCAGACUUUAUGAAGGGAAUACUGUAGACAGUGAUAUCUGUGAUACAGCUCCUGGACUUUACAGAGCAUUUUGUAGCAUGUUCUAAGGUGGUUGCUUAGUUCACACAGGGCAAUGCUAAGCUGCCUUAUUCCCCCUUGGCUACACAUUGCAGAGGAAAGAUCAGUAGUGGUGGGCAAACUGUCUUCCAGCAAAAGUUUCAAAAUCACUGUACUCAUAACAGUGUGCUGACGAUGAGCAUGCAGUAAUAUUUAAUAUUAGAUUUUGAAAAGCUGACAUGUAAUUUAUAUUUUUAACCAUAUAACUUUUGAUCGAUAACAUGAAAUGUUGUUUGAUAGAUGGUGGGGUGGGGGUAGGCUUCAUUGAAGAGAUACCAACAAGUUCAAAGCAUUCAAAUUCUCAGAUUAAAAUUGAGUAAAACAACAACAACAAAAACAGUGAAGACCCAUGGUCCCAAAUAGGAUUAUAAUAGCAUCACUUGUUAUAAUACUGUCUCUUAGCAUGAGUUUUUAAGUUGUCAUGCAGAUGCUUUAUCAGAAAUAGUCUAAUUUAAAUAGAUUGGCUUCUUCUAUUCCUUCCAGUGGCUACUGAGUACUUAUAGACUUUCUGGAAUUGUUCAUUGGGCAGAGUGGUUUUUGUGUGUGUUUGUAUUAAGAGCUAGUCUUAAAACUACUUGGUUUAACACCUGCACAAGAUAAUAAGAGAGCAAGAUAGUUACGUUAACAGUGUUGCCCUAAAGUAGGGUUGCCAUAUUUCAAAAAGUGAAAAUCAGGACACAAAAGUUGUUGAGCUUUUUAAAGUUUUGCCCAUUUUUAAGGAAGUUCACCAAAACUGACAUGGGUUCACCAAAACUGACAUGCCUGUCAUACGUCCGGAUUUUCCCAGACAUUUCAGCGAUUUUCACCCAGGCACUGUUUCCAGCUGCCAGAUCCCGGGUAUGUCCAGGAAAUUCCGGGCGUAUGGCAGCCCUACCCUAAAGUUCUAGAGCCCUGUUAGAUGAUUGGGUAGAAAAAUAAUUUUUUUAUUGGAAGCUUCACAGUAAAGCCAACCAAAAAAACUAUGCUUGAACAGAACUUCAGGGACAUGCAGGAAGAACAUGAGAUUAAGGUUUGGAGCAGCUGGGCUGACCUCAGGCUUGCUACACCCUUGGGAAAGCACUUGGUGAAAAAUUCUUAAUUCAUUUCCUGGCCACCACAGUAUUUACCCCUGUUUUUUCACCUCAUUUUUUCCUCCUUUGCUUCCUCUGUUUGUCUUGAGAGAAACUAACCACCAGCACUGGUCUGCACUUAACAUAUACAGGCAACUCUCCAUUUAUGCAGGGUUUUCGUUCUGAGGCACCGCGCGCAUACGGGAAGUCAUGUAUAAUUGAAGCACCCAUUGGAAAAGCCUGUAAACACCCUCCAAAGCUCUGGAAACCCUUUAAAAAAACCUUUAAAAACCAGCAGCCCUACCAGAUGGGCAGGAAUGGUGGCACUCAGUCUUCCUCAUCGCUGGAGGAGGACGAUUUGCAAACAGUGACAAGCAGGGUAGACUGGUACCCCAAAGUGCUUGGUUGUGGGUCAGAUUCACUUGGUGGGGCUGAUAGUGUAUUGCAAAAGAACAUGGGGGUGGGCAGCUGGCACUUUUGUCUCUUCAGCUAGUCAGGGCACAUUUGGGCAGCCUCCUGGUCCACAAAUGCAGCUUCAAUAUGGCUGCCAAUAUUCUUUAAAUUAAAAUGUCAUUUGAAGCGUUCCAGCCAACCCCAGCUAGCUCAGAAUUCCUUUGCAGGCUGCUUGAAGCGCACAUGCACGGUGCUGCCAUUAAUGGGGAUACACUAGCAGUUUAUGUCCUCUAGACACAGGUUCAGUGCCUCAUGUGCCUUCACCAGAGCCUCAGUGUUCAAAACUCCCAUUGUUCUAGGCACAUUUUGUGACUGCUAAUUUAAUUAGCGCGAGCAGUGUCUGAGCUCUGGGUGCAGUCCUGUGCCUAAGUUUUCAGAUUAGAACUGCAGAGUGAAAGGAAAGGAGGACCUUUUUCUUCCGCCCCACUUCCAGCUACUCUCUGAAGACUGGAGAAGAGACCCUCUUAAGAAUAUUAGGGGGGUGGGCGGGGGAAGGACUAGACCAUGUGAAAAACAAACAUAAUAUUUUAGCUGCAGUUCAUUCAUUUUCAGCUUUGUAUUCUUGUGAUUAAAAAAAGCACACCUAGACAUUCUGUCGUUCCACCCAUAACCUAGGUUUAAGUUGCCAUUUAGCUCCUAGCUUUCAUAUCUGUUUCUGACACUGGGCAUGUAGUUGGGGACUAUGGCAGUUGCAUGUGUACAUGCACUUGCUGCCCCUGAUGCCAGAUGGCCGGGUUAUAAAUAAAUUGUUGUUGUUGUUGUUGUUAUUUUUCCUGUACCUUAAUGGCACAUAUUCUGGAUUCAUUCCUGCCAAACUUGCGUGCCACAGCACACACACUCAUGCCAUGCUAGAAACUGUCCAGCACUUCCCAUUUCUCCUCCAGCGUUGGCGAUGCUGUGUUUAGGUGUCUUAUCAAAGAACAGCUUUAAAAAACUCCUCCAAAACUCCCAACACAAUCGCUCUCUCCCAGCCUCCUUUCUCAAACUCCAACUCUUCACAGGCCUCAAUGGUAGGUGCAAGGGGUCUUGGGACUGCAAGUACAAAGGCCUGGGGGAUUGCUAGGUGCUGUUUCCGCUCCUUUUCUGACUGUUUUGUGCCUCUUCUGAGGCUGUUUUAGCGAUUUUUAUAAUUCACUGCCAGGUAUGGCGUGAUGCACAUAUGUAUGGUGACACACACAUAUUGAAUGUACAUAAAUGAUGGGUUGCCUGUAGUUAGCCUCUGGCUUGUUUCCUUCUUAAGUGUAGCAGAGUUAGGAGCAGGGGAGAAGCAAAGCAGAGGUGUUUGAGCAGUGUGCACAAGUUUGCACUGAAUCUUAGUUUUUAAAGUGGUUUAAAGUUGUAUUUUAGGCUGGCCAGUGUUUUAAACUGUUCUUGCAAAUAUCUUAUCUCAAUCUUGUAUGCAGAUAAUGCCAGUGUAUGUAUAAGCAAACUACUCUUAGAAAGGUUGUGGGGGGGAUAUGUGUGUUGUGUUGGAAUAUCAACUCUACACUGGUGGGUCUUUAAAGAAUGAACCCAGAUUUCUGGGGAUAGAGGGAAAUCUGUGAUACUGUUUUUUAUUUGUUACCUUAUUUUCUUUCUCCUAUGGCUGGAUGUUUACAUGCCUGAAAAACCUUAAUUUUGUGAAAUGGCAAACCCAGAUUAUUUUCAUUUUAUAGAAAAUGCUUUUAUCAAGAUGAUCUGAAAUAACAUGUAGCUUACAUACUUUGAAAAUGCUGUGAACCACAGAGGGCAUUCUUUCUUUACCUUAUACAGCAUUGUGCGCUCCCCCCCCCCGCAAAAAAAUACAAGCUCAUCUUGCCAGACCACAACACAUCUGCAUCUUGGGCCAGCAGAUGUUACUUCACAUGCUUCUUUUUAAGACCAAGAAGCACAAGGCAAAACAAAACACAGAAACAAGCAUGACAUUUUAGAGUUGAAGAAGCUUUGAUGCAUAGAAAUACCUUGAGCAGUUGGCUUUAAGAUGCACAGUGGAGGUCAGGGAUCUUGAACGGCGUGAGCAAUCUGUACCAUGUAUUCCUGUUUGGUUUGUUUUUGACCAAGAUGUGGAAACUGAGGAGGUGAAUUGAGAUGAAGCUUACUACAAGAACUCUGCAUCAGUUAAUUCAUAUUUCAAGCAAAUAUGAAUUUCAGUGAAUCUACUUCUAAUUUGAGCUGUUGCAUGAGCUGGAUGGAUUGUUGCUCUGUAUGAGGCAGUUUCUUGUGUUCCCAUUAAAAACAUAAAUCACAACAGUACUAAAAACAAUUAAAAAGACCUGAUUAAAAUGAUGCAUGCAUAUUAACACCUUUUCUGAAAGCACAUACUUCCCUUAUAAAAAUAAAAUAAAGUGUGUAGUGUGGAAGAUCAGUGUUUUCCUUGCUCUGAAGAGUUCAUUGUUCUACUGUAAGUAGGAUUAGCAAUCAGGGUAGCGAAGUAUCAGUUAGUUGGUGCAGUCCUGUCAUAAUAGUUAGACAGCAGAACAGUACCUUUUACAUUUCCCCCCGUCUUCGUCUUUUCCUGGUUUGGCUUUGGGGGGGGGGGACUUGCCAUGGAGGAGUUGGGCCGGAAAAGGAGCCUGCUGCCAGACAGAGUUAGGAGCAAAGACUUCUUCAAGAAAGGUACCAACUAGCACCUGUGGUGAAAACAAGCCAUGGCUUUGCAUUGUAGCUUGUUGCCAGACAACAAAUCAUGGAUUAGUCUGCUGAGCUGCAUUCAGAUGUCUUAACAAGCCACACUUUGGCUAAAGAAGCUGCUGUUCAGCAUUAUGCGUGAACCAGGCUAAUAUGCAAUAAUGUUGAGUCUGUUCAAAAGGAAAGUGAGUUCACCCGUUUGUUACUACGUUGUGUAUUUUUGUGUGUUCUUACUGUAAACCAUCCAGUGAUCCUUGGGUGAAGGGUGGUAUAGAAAUUUAAUAAAUAAAAAUAAAAUUCACUUUUUCAAAUAGAGCCAUGUUCCAAAAUACAGCCUGCACCUGAGAUUUUGGUUUAUUAUUUAUUAUUGUUUAUUCAACAGCCUCUGCCGUGGCUCUGCCAAACCACAUCUUAAAUUCUCUGAAGUUAUAAAGCAACUUGUAUUUUGAGGGUUACUACUGAACUGGAAAAUUGCAUAGAGACAACAGUUGUGUGCCAAUAUUAUCAAAUUGUUUGGAUCAGCUAAGACUAGAAAGCCAUAAAGUAAAAUUUUACAUAUUUUCAAUUAGUGAAAGUGAAAAAGGAGAAAGACUAGCUCUUCCCCUAACUUUUUAGAUCUGUCUGUCUAUCUAUCUAUCUAUCUAUCUAUCUAUAUCUCUAUCUAUGUCAUCUAGCUAGCUAGCUUGCUUUUAUUACGGUAAGUAAAUAAAAUGAACAGCUUACAGCAUAAUAUAAGUACUAAUUAUUAUCAAUUGCAAGAUGGUUGGGUAAGAUGAUUUAGUAGGACACCCUCCCAAGAAUUGUAACAAUGUAUAGAAAAAAUUCAGAUGCCUUUUUGUGUUCUCCUGAUAAUAGCUAACCCAUUGCAAUUUUGUUUAACUUUAGCUGAUCCCACAGUGAAAGACUUAAUUGGAGGCUUCACUGCUCUACAUUAUGCAGCUAUGCACGGCCGAGCUCGGAUUGCACGCCUAAUGCUGGAAUCAGACUACCGCGUUGAUAUCAUUAAUGCAAAAAGUAAUGAUGGCUGGACUCCUCUGCAUGUGGCUGCUCACUACGGCAGAGACUCGUUUGUCCGUCUCCUGCUGGAAUUCAAGGCUGAGGUUGAUCCACUCAGUGACAAAGGUACUACACCACUUCAACUGGCUAUUAUCCGCGAAAGGUCCAGCUGUGUCAAAAUACUCCUAGAUCACAAUGCCAACAUUGACAUUCAGAACGGCUUCCUGUUGCGCUAUGCUGUGAUCAAAAGCAAUCACUCUUAUUGCCGAAUGUUCCUUCAGAGAGGGGCUGAUACAAACUUGGGGCGCUUAGAAGACGGGCAGACACCAUUGCACUUGUCUGCUCUUAGGGAUGAUGUACUCUGUGCACAGAUGUUAUACAACUAUGGUGCAGACACUAAUACAAAGAACUAUGAAGGACAGACUCCGCUGGCAGUUUCAAUAAGUAUUUCUGGAAGUAGCCGACCUUGUUUGGAUUUCCUACAGGAAGUAACAAGUAUGUAUAUUGGAAAUCUUUAAUCAAAGUCCUCCAAUGGUCUUUGGGGGAAGUUGGUGGAAAAAUGAGUUUCCUGCUUAGCUGGUUAUUACUUGAAAGUUUAGGCAGGCCCAGAGAAUAACCACUAUUUUCCCCUUCAGAAUCAUGCUUGUACUUCAACUUGUAUACAUUCCUCCUGAACUAACUUGGAUUCAAAUCCUGAUUUUUUUUUGUCAGUCCUAGUCAAUCAACAGUUCUGCAUGUGGCAGGAAGGUAACAGAGAAUGAAGGCUGAGAAGUGUAAAAUACAUUUUUCCAAGGUCUUUCUCUGGUUUACAAAGGAAUGUUCAAAAACUGCUGCUUGCUCAUAAAUUAUUUUUCACUUUUCUUUGUUCUUCAUUAGAAUGGGAGAUGAUACUGAAUUAUUUAUCCCUUGGGGCUGCGAAAUGAGCCUGGUUAUUGUGUUGACAUUCUUUGGACCUCACAGUGAUAUUAACAUGUGUAUGUUGGUUCUUAAAUUAUAGAUCUAAGCAAUUCGUGGUUGAUACCACUUACUACUAAGUAGUAUUAUUUUCACCAUCAGUCUUCUUCUCAUCUUCUUUGGUGAUCAAACUUUACCAAACCAAUUCCUUUUCCAGCAGUUGCCUGACACAAUAUUUCUUCUUGGUUUGUGCUUAUGAUGCAGUGUUGACAUGGUUAAUCUGUACUGUUUUCCUUUGUCACUAAGCCCCCAACUUAUGUACAUUUAACUUGUGCACAUUCAGCUUGACAUGCAUGGCAAAAAAAUUAAGAAGGAGUGGAGUUUCGAGGAAAAUUACUUUGGUAAUCCCACCUGCCAUUGAAUCCAGUGUGUUUUGCCUAUAUGUGAUUUUGGCUUUAGGCAUGACCCCGAGAACGUAACCCCACUCAAACUGCAGGCCUACUUUUGAAGUAAAAUCUAGAGUAUACAGAAUAGAGCAGAGCCAGAGUUUUUGUGACAAAACAAUGUUAUAACAAUCAGCCUGUUACGUGUGCAUUGUAUGAUAAUGAUCUCUCACCGUAGGUGGAACUUGUCAAAUGUAGGUAGCGUGUAACAACCCAUAGUUCCAAUUCUGUUCAGUAGCAAUCACUUGUCUUAUCUCUAGUCAUUGCUGAGAUGUGGGUAAGACUAACUCAGCUGUAUCUGAGGCUCCUACAUUCAAGAAGUGUGUGUAUGUGUAUGGGGUUUGAUUGCUGAAUAAGCUCGAGGAGGCAUGUCAUAGGUAUGUAAAUUAUCUGCUCACAUUAUUGAAUUUGUACUUUGAAACAACAGAGGGAUUAAUUUUUAACAUACAGAUUUAGUAACAGGUGUAAUACUAAACUUUGCUUCAGCAUUUAUAGAAAUGAAGUUUGGGCUUUUGUUCAUUCUCCCUCACGUCACUAUACCAAUUUCUAUUCUCUCUAGUUUACAGAAACCAUUAAUUUAUCAUAAUUUAAAAAACAACAACGCAGAUCUUUAAAGCAUUUCCUUAUUUUUUUUAAAAAAAUGUCCCAGAAAACUAAUCCUUUCCUUUAAAACAAAGAGAGAGGCUACUACCAUUUGCAUUGUCGGUGUUUUUUUGGACUUGUAGUUUUCUUCAUUUUUCUCUUCUCUGAAGUAUUAUUUCACCCAGUUUUCUUUGCAUAUAACAAUGCAUUUCAUAUCCUAGUUACUUUGUAUCCAGGCACUUUCUCUGCAGAGUUUUUCUUCCAGCUUACUCUCCUCCUACCCUAGCAACUUCCUGCUUAGCACCCUCUUCUGUGUGUCAUGUAGGAAUUUGGGAUUGGUUUUUUUCUUGAACACUUAAACCUUUUUUAAAAAUUGUGCUUAACUUUGCAUAUGUUCAGAUUUUUGAACAUUAAGGCUGCAGUCCUAAACACCUAGAUUGAAUUUUGCUCCAUUAGACUCCAUCGAACUGACUUCCGACUAAGGUAUGUUGGAUUGCCCUUCACCACUGUAGUUAAGUAAUUUUUAGUUGCACUGUUCCUAUCAAUGUCUCCCUUUUUAAAAACUUCUCGGUCUCCUUAACCCUACAGUGUAAUUUUGAUCUUUUUCAGUGUCCUUCAUGGAUUGUACAUGGAUUCUAUACUGUCUUUUUCUUUCCAUCAUGUCCCUUCUAUUGUCAUAAUCAUUUAACCCUUUAAACAUGUUCAGUGCUGUAGGCAUGUAUUCUCCUGAUUUUGAUUGUAUGCCUUUCUUCAUCAAAAUGUAACGCCACACUAGCACUGGCUAAGAUUUGUGGAAUGGCUGAACUGAAAGAUCUCUGUGCUGAUUUUCUUCUGAGCCUAUCCCUUCUAAGGCUUGCUUUGCUCACGUUCUGCUUCUCAUACCUUCAGCACUACCCUUGUACAACCCUUUGAAUACUUAAGCAUUGAAUAAGCAGCCACACUGGCCUCCUCCCUACACCUGUUGUUUUUCUCUUUCUGAUGCCCAGUGCAUCCAUGUGUAGCACACCCAGUGAUCCUUGGGGAUGGCCUUGGGCCUCUCUUGGCCACGUUGGUCCUAUUGCAUACCCUCCUUAAAUGCUUUUGACUUGGCAGGAAUGUGUCCUUGAACUGUGGUAAUGCCUCUUGCUUCCUAGAUAAAGGGUGGAAAGGGUUGUUCAUGUGUGCUGACUUUAGCAUGCCUGCAAUGUAGGCAACUGUACAAAGGAAAGUCACAUCCAUUGCUUGGCCCACUCUUGCCUUUGGUCUCAUUCACCAUGCAGCCCUUGGGAGGAAAAUGGUUCCUUGCCCCUGAUUUAGACCUUAUUCCUAAGAUUUACUGCAUUUGUCUCUGCCUCUGGGAUGCCAUUUGACAAGUUUGUACUGUACUUUAGCUAACUAAGUCAAGACUGCAGGGAGAGUACUCCCAUCACAAAAAGUCAGUACAGGAUGUGUCCAUUAGUAAGUGGAUUGAACCACUUCCAGCUUUUUUGGCAAACUUGUGACAGGCUUAUGAAAAGCCAAGGUGCAAACUCAUUCUUAUUUUUGUAAAGGGAGUGGUUAGUUGCAGCACUUCCUUAAGCGAAAACCUCCAGUGUGUGGAAAAGGAAAUACUUUUAGCUUGAGAGAAGGCUCUUCAAUGUUUAUACACACCAAGCCCCAACAUGAAAAGUUCUGUAGCCAUGAUGGUAGCGCUGUAUUUUAUAUUAUGUGAUAAUUAGUGUGUGAACCAUAGCUGUCAACCUUCCCUUUUUUUGCGGGAAAUUCUCUUAUUCCAGCGCUGCUUCCUGCUGCUAUCCCGGAUUGUUAGAUAUCCUGUAGACUGUCCCUGGGACAGGUGAGGCUGCUGAUCCCUUAUUUUCAAAUCUGAAAGUUGACAGCUAUGGUCUGAACGCAUCCCUCUGCCCAUUUCUCUCUAGGUUGGCUUUGACAGUUUGACUAGGUGGUAAUAACUGUUUGUGGCAACAAAGUAUAAAGCUGUAGUUACAAGGUUUCUUACUGUGUUGCAGUAGUCUAAGCAAAAGGCACAUUACUGCUCUAAGCAGCUUCCAUUGAUCAAAGGGGGCCAGCCAGCUUUAAGGUUGGAUGCUUGGAAUGUGGUUUCCUUGAUAAUCAUAAUCAGAGAGGACUCUGUUGAAGAGGACACUUAAACAAGUUAGUCUUCUCAAGGGAGAUUAUUUAAUUACAUUUUGUAUAUUUUAUACUACUGUACUCCCUUUGUUAAAUUGAAAGAUUUGUGGAUUGAAAAGUAAUUUGAAAGCCUUUUAGAUCCCCCUUUCUUUAGACACCUACAACUGAAAUGAAUCUAAAUUUUCUUUGCCAAAAUUUGAAAAAGUGUGUUCGGUGUUUUUAAGUCGUGCAGUGGCUUCCACUCCUACGUAAUUUGAAUCCUUUGAAAUUGAGAACUUCAUGGAAUGUAGUUGUGGUCAAUGGGGCGAUUUUCCUGCAUCAGCAUCUUUCAAUGUGUAGGAAAAUAUUCUAUAACUUAAUAUGAAGUUUUAAAAUCAUUUGCUUCAAUUAAUGGUUGUAAACUUCCUCUGCUUUUCAAGUCAGGUUGAAGAUGAUGGCUUAGUUCAUCCUCUUGCAGAGAUGUUGUUUUUAUGGAACUAAUGUUAUAGUGCAUGUGAUAUUGUAGACUCUUCAUGCAGUACUAAUCUCCCCUUGUUAGGUAGCUGAUAGUCAAAUGCCAGUUUUAAAAUAAAUAGCGUUUUAUGAGACGGGGGCAGGCUUUUAUGUAUGUUGGAGAUGGAUCAGACUCUUUCAGAGAAGAGACAUCCUAGGUUCUUUUGGGCAUGGAAAAUAGGAGGCUAAACUUUCAAAGGGUUAUGUAGCAUCUGAGGUGGGUGACUGUUAGUCAAAGCAAACUCCCUGGCUAUCAUAUUCCAAGCACAUUUUCAAAGCAUGCAUGUUUGCCUCAAGAACAUAACUGGGCUUUUUGUUCAGGUAGGUGCUUUGAUAUUGCCGUAUGUUUUGUGUGUUUAUCCCCCAACAAUCCCUUUAUUCAAACCCCCCCAAAGUACUCUGUUUCAGGGAGGUUGGGCUGCCUUUGGGCAUUGCAAUACAGUAUAAAAGUGAAAUAUACAGUGUACAAAUGGUAAAUGGAGCUAAGCUAUAACAUAUGCUGAAGUCUUGCUGAUUUAAAUAAUGCAUUUGUAAGUGUACCACCAUGUAUAAUUGCACACUGUGUGCAGCAAGUUUGAACACCAUGAGCAUGAGCCAGACUUCUAUUGGGCUUGAUCUACAAAGUGAAAUAAGCUUUUAAACAAAAAAGAGACCUUGCGAGAAACGGCUGUUAUCUCAGGAUUUUGGAGUUUAGUUUCAACCACUUUUAUAUUCUACUUUUACUGAUGCUGGGGUUGGGGUGGAUUUCUUACAUUCCUAUUGAAUUUUGAUCUGCAUACAGUUGCUGCUGCCUGCCGCUGUGUUAGGCAACAGUAUUAUCAGUCUGUAUACCAAAAAGGUGCUAUGAACCUGUAGCUUGAGGCUUUUAAAAGAGCUGGAGUUUAAUUGUAGCAUUUUCAGGUCACCAAACAAUGAAUGGGUGAGUGGUACUUAUCCCUUCAGUUUUGCAAGCAGAUUUAACAUAAAUAUAAAUGGGUAGACAGUUAUUCGAUUUCUUACCCGCCCUUUACGGCAAGUUCCCAGGGCGUUACAACAAUAAUAUGUACAAUUAUAAAACAAAAUAGUUACAACCAUAAACAAAAGUGUAAACAAUUACAAACAAUUCCAUAUAUAAAAACAGAACAGACAUUUAAAAGCAGUUCCAUAAAUAAAAACCAUUGAAGUUUAUUCCAGUGCAGAUGCAAGUCUGCACAUGAAGCUAUAGGAACCCUUCAUGUGAAUGUCUCAGGCUUUAAAUGAUCAUCAAACUGUAUUUUUAGUAUUUGAUUGUAAUGUGCACUCUGUUAAAAUCAUGAAGUGGGGAGAGUGGAAGAAACACUACUUCGAAACCAAAAAUAGCAAUAGGUCAUUUGACUGCUGUAAGGCAACAGUGCAUUUCGUAGGGGUGUGAAUUGCUUCUUUUACCUCACUCUCCACUUGAUAUAAAUCAAAUAGGCAAUCAAAAUAAUGACAAUUGCCUUUUCCUUAAAACAGCUUUCUGGGACUGGUGCCCAUUUAUGAUGGCGUUUUAACUUGCAGAUUUCACCUGAAUUAUCUAAUGAAAGAGGUUUUGGUUUUUACAUGUAUUUUUGAAGCAGAUAUAAAUUAGUUUAACUUUAAAUUCACACCUAUCCAUUUUUGUGUGUGCUUAUUAUUACUGUUUUGGAGCCUUUUACACAGUAGAUAGUAACAUCAAAUAUAGUUCAUUACUACCUUAACAUUUAUUAUUAACCAAAUUCAUGAGUACCUAUACUAGAUAGACAAAACAUGGCAUCUAUUUAACUCACAUUUGGAAUAAUGUUCUCUGUAGAUUCUGUGCUUUGUGGGUAUGGGGCGGGGAAGGGAAAUGUUUCUUACAGGGGGGGCAGCUAUGAUCUCACAUUCCUUUUGAGAAACCAAUUAAAACAUUUUUUGAAAGAAGAAUGGUGGUGGGUAGAGGGGGAAAAGUCUGCUCUUUUCCAGCUAUGUGGAAUUAUAUUGCAUUUUAGGUUGUUACUUUUUUUGGGGGGGGGGGUGGAACAAAAACAAAAAGACAAAGCACUUCUUUGCCUUCAGUGGAAACGUUGGGUCUUUGUGGGCAUCCAAAUGAUCAGUGCAAAAUUUUGCAGUGAUGGAAAGUUCUUUUUAAUCUAUGCUAAGUAUAAGAAAUGUUAUACUGGAGAAAGAACCUCAUUGUUUCUGGUCUCAAACUAUCAUUUAAAACCAGGCUUUGGUAUGCAUUUGAAAUGGAGGGUUAAACACUAGCUUUCUCCCAUUGAGGUAACUCUUCUGGGAGAGAGAAUUUUUUCUUUUAUAAGGCUCAGUUAUAUCAUUGGCCACAAGAAUCCAAAGCAAGCUGCAGGAGGUAGUUUUUUUGGGCAAGUAGGGCAAUUAUUUUAUUUUUUAAAAUUGACACUCUUGCACAACUAAAAUGAUUUCACCAAUCAGCAAUCAAUCAAGGAAAACUAGAGAAGGAGAAAUAUACCAGCAUAUGAAAGUACAUAAUUGCUCUGCUUUUGAUACUUUUGAUUCAUUCGUAUUUUAAUUUUAGAGCAGUUUAUCUUUUGACAAUGAUGGUUUUAUUCCUCAUAUAGACCGCAGACAGAAAACCAAAUUGGGUGCUUCUGGUCUAGUUUGCAGGUCAGUUGCUGUUCUUGUGAUCCUGUAAUGGGACUGUUGCUGAUCUGGGGAACAACUUGUGUGCUAUUGAAAAGCCGAGAACGACUAUAGUUGUGAUGGUGCUUGAAGUCCAUAAUAAAUCGACCAUGUCCUCAUAUAUAUGCCUAUAUGCCAAUAGGCCCUGCUCACUAAUCCAUCGGUACAUCAAAUUAGGCCAGCAGCACAGGCGAGCAGGUCCUUUGCCAAAGUUGUCCCCUGGUUUUGGAAUGCUUGCUCAUCAGAUAUGAGGGAGUUUUUUCAAAAAAAUGUGUUGAUGAGCUAAUGGUUAUUUGAUUGAUUUUGGGAGGGAGGGAGAGGGUUUUUAAAUUUUGCUAGAAUCCAAAUAACUUCAAAAUUAGUUCUACAUGCCAAAAUAUGUUUUAAGUUUGUGUUCCUCAUCUUCCCCAUUCUGCAUCACAAACCUAUUUUGAAAUUGAUUGGAUUGAUUGCAGUUAAAAAUGCAUGGGGGUGUAAAGUGUGUAGGGUAUAUACAUGCCACCCCAUUGCCUCUGCCUACUCCACCCUGACCUUUUUAAAUUCAAUGAGAGAGACUGAAGGGAAGUUGCACACUGGCUUAGCUGAACAUACCAGUAUUUGUGUUACCCAGUUUCCAAAAAAUGGGGAGGUUUCUAAAUGCAUUGCAUUGAGUGUGCUUGCUAGCCAGUUUUAGAUUUUCCUGCUCAACACAGAAAGAUCAAGGCAUAGAUGGGGAUGGUGAAGGUGGGGCCAGCAUGCACCUUCACUUCCCCUACAUGCUUCAUGCAAUUCUUUCAUGUUCUCUGUAUUGCCUGGACAGGGCUUUAGAUUUGAGAAAAUCUAGCUUUCAGGGUUGGGGUGGGGGAAGGCACCUCGCUGAGCAUACCAGAGAUCUUGUGCAAACUCAAAAGUAGAGUUUUGAAUCCUAUCUUAUAGCUAUCUUUAUUUUAAUAUAUCUCUUGGAGGUUUGGUAUUGUUCGUAUUUCAUUUUUUGAUUGCUGCAUUUCAGCAUUUGGAAAAAGUAACUUAAAAUGCUUUAAAUACAAUACUGCUUGGUAUCAGUUUUCUACAACUUAGAAGUUGUCCCGUCUCCCCUUUUCAGGCUGUUAGAAACAAGAUUUUGAAAAGUUUUCCAUGUCCCUAAUAUGGGAAUGGAUUUUCAGAGCAGGGCAGGUGUUCGCUUACAACAAUAUGAUGACUACUUUGAAAAUCUAGCUGCCAGAUAGGCUUGAAAAUCACAGCAGGUUUCGUUGUCUGCGGUGAACAAAAAAAUGUAUAUUUAGGUCAGGCUGGAAAACAUUACAAAAAGUUUUUAGGGAUAGGAGCUUUUGGGUCUUUAAAAAAAAAGAUAUUUCUGCUUCUAUAAGAAACUUUGUGGUCUAGUAACUUCUGUAGACUUCAAAUUGCCAUAUAUUACAAGUAUAAGGAUAAUAUUAAGGGUGCUAGGUAACUGAAUCUCAAAGGCACUACGAGCUUAUUAAUGGCUGAAUUGUAGACUCUAAUUAAAAUAUUUAGGUCUUUGGGCUGUUGUCUUAGUCUUGUGCCUGCCUUCCUGUUUGUGAUGGGAGUUUUUUGUCAUUGGUUUUUGGUUUUGUUUUUUUUACUUUCCCAUUGCCGUUUCUUCUUCAUUAAAACAACAAACAACCCACCCACCCCCUGAUAUUUCAAAUGAUAACAUGUCUGUGCUUGCUGUCAGAUGAAAUAUGCCAGAAUAUACACUGUUAACAUAUACCUGUUAGACUGUUUACUCGUAGGAAUCAGCUUCUUUCUGGAGAAUGGCCAGAUUUGGUUAACACAGCAGGAGAAGUUAGCGUUUCUAAAGGGUUCCCCUAAGCAGGUCUUAAAUUGCUGAAAAAUGUUCAAAGGUGGCUGCCAUUCAGAUUAUUUUAAAAAUGCUUCUUGUGGUAACAUAAUAUGCAGACUUACUUUUAAAGUCAAGUGAAGCUUAUGGUUGUAACUCAUUCGUAUACUUUAUUUAUAAAGACUGCAGAAUAAUAUCAAAACCACUUAAUGGAAAAGUCACAACACUGUUUAUUUCUGUGUUCUGGAAUCUCUUGGUUUUAUCUGUGAUGAGUGAAUAUGCAGGCUGAGGGGUGACUCAUAAGGUCAUUUUUAGCACAAAUUCAUGUUUUCUUAAACCUUUGUAAUGUAAGACUAGCUGUGCAGCUGCGCAUCGUGGCCCCAUUACAUGCAUAAAGAAAGCAGUGCUCAGAUUGGAGUCCCAGUGGUUUCAGGAAAGAAAUUUCUACGCUUGUUGUUCAACUUCUAUUGGAGAUGUAAUAUGUGCAAUAUAUUCUCCAGUAUAUUGUCUAAUGAUCUAGAAGGUCUAGAAGCAUUAAUCUACUAUAUUGCAUUUUUUAUGUUCUGUUCUUCCUCCAACAAAUUUGGGGUCAUGCACCAGGUUUCUCCCUUUCCCUUCACCCACAUCCACCAUAUGAGGUAGGUUGAGCUGGGAAUUGAAGUUGAAUCACCCUGGUUAUAGCCUGUCACUGAUCACUACAUCAAGACAGUUUUAUUAAUUACCGCAGAAAUUUGCAUGAGACUAUUUUCUACACGGAUGUGACCUCACUCAUGAAACUCCAACUGCUUCGUCGUAUAUAUAUACACUGUCGUGAAAGAGUUGGCUGUGGGUUCCCAUGGUGUAUAAACACAGCUAAUUUGACAUAGGUACUCCUGUAUUCUGGGAGAAUGUAAAUGCAAAGACUUCUCCCACUUCUCACUUGGAAGUAAUGUUUGUGUAGAGAAUUGGGCUUCCUUGGGAAGAGUCUUAAGAGAGGAGUUAACUUGUGGGGAAGUGAGUAGAAACAAAUAUUUGUAUGAAUGGAAAGUACCGUAAUUUAAUUAGAUUUCUCUGUCACUGUUCCCUCUCUGAGAUUUUAUUUUGCGUUUGUCAGACACCAUCCAGUUGUGCCGGAACUCAUAUGUGGAACAUAUCAACAGCAGUACAAGGAGCCGACUUACCCCAGAGGGUAGCCACAGAUAGUCCAUCCCCACAAUUGCCAUGGGGGUGGACCAUCAAGAUCCCAAAUAAAUGGUUCACCCUCCUCAUCCAGAGGAGGGGAGUCACCACAGGCUCACCCUGCUACAGCCAGAUACGACAAUUCACAAAUCGUUCCCUCUUCCUCCUUGAGGAUGGAGCCCUAGCCUCUUCCCCCAAAUGGGGUUAAGGAUGGAAGAAACACGUUGCCCAGUGAAAGAUGGGAGAAAUAAAUGAAUUAGGAGGCUGUUAAUGAUUGCAUCAGCUUUUCAGUUCCCUUCCCCCCCCUUAGUUUCCAAAACAAAUCUUUAGAGAACAGUGUUUUCUGUCUUACUUUUUUGUUUCCUUUAGCUAAAAUUAAAAUUGCAUAACAUUAGGAAUAAACAUUAAUACACUGGAAAAGGCUAACAAAACAAUUGCGAGAUCAUACCAAAAAUGAUGAAUAAUGGCUUACAACAUACCUAAACGUAUAUUCCCAGAAGGUCAUUAAAUCUAUUUUUUAUCAAAUGGAGUUUCACAAAUUUGAUUCUCAGUAUCACAAAUAAAAUUAAGUUUUAACAUUAUAGAACUUGGAAUAUGGCUUUGAAACCAGUCCCACAGUAGUGAAGAAUUUCACCACAUACUCACAAAAGAGGGAGAAAAUGCAGGUGAAGAACUUCACGAAAGCUGGUCAGGUUCAGCAUAGCACUUACUACAACACAUUGAAAAAUGCGGCAAACUCACACAUACCUUUUACAAGGCUUAUGUAAUAUAACCAGUGCAAUCCCAGAUCUUUCCUCCUUUUCCCCCUCCUGCCCCUGCUGAAUAAACCCAUUACAAAUAUUUUGCCAUAGUUUUUAAUCUAGCUUUUUAGAGUAUUUAGAUUUUUGACAGAUACGCUUUGGAUUAUGUUUGUAAUAAAUGGGUCAUAUUUAAAUUGAUAGUAUCUCAGAGGGUAGUAUGUAAUGGUAGAAGCAAAUGAUGGCACUAACUAAAAUAAUUAUAUCUUUUCGAGGUACUAAAUGUAUAUUAAGAGAUUUGAUUUUCUGUUGCUUGUUUUGUUCUAACAGUUUCUCAUCGAGUAAUAAAAGCUUAUCUAAUUUUCACAUACAGUCUUCCAUCUGACUACUGUAUUUACAAGCAUCCAGUUAUAAUGCUACUGGGGCAUCAUCUAUAUAUAUAAAAAAUCUCAACUAACCAACAUAAAUAAUAAUUUGAAUUUAUGAAAAAAAAUCAAAUCUCUUAAUAUACAUGUAGUACCUCGAAAAGAUAUAAUUGUUUUAGUGUCAUUACUUGCUUCUACCAUUACCUAUUACCCUCUUGAGAGAUACUAUCAAUUUAAAUACGACCCAUUUAUUACAAACAUAAUCCAAAGCGUAUCUGUCCAAAAAUCUAAAUACUCUACUUCUAUUUAAUAAAGCUGACUGAAAAUCCGGUAAAAUUUUAUUUCUCCUUCUGAUAAAUGCUUUGUCCGUUGUAACUAAGAAUUACAGUUGCUACUUUCACUUUACAGCUGAUAAAUUGAAAUAUUUCUGAUUUAGUCAUCUCUCAAUUUACGAGUUUAUUUUAUUUAUUUAAGUAACUUUUUAAAAAAACCCAACUCAAAAGUAGUUUACAUAAUAGAACAUCAAACAAUAUACAAAAAGAUGGCAGCCCAGCGUUUUAAAUAAUUUCUGAAAUGGAAGAAAUUUAGGAACAGUGUUAAUCAAGGAAAGAAAUUCAUAAAACCACAGUUAUAAGGGGGAAAGCAGCAAUUUUGUAAGACAAGUAUUUGGUAAGGGCUAUAGCUCAGAGGAAGAGCAUCUCCUUUACAUAUGGAAAGUCUUUCAUUCAAUCCUUGGCAUCUUGAGAUUGGACUCAGAAUGUUCCUAGUCUGAAACCCUGGAGAACAACUGCUAGUCAGUGUAGACAAUACUGUACUGAACUUGAUGGGCUGGAGGUCUGUCUCUGCAUCAGGCACAUUCCUAUGUGUUACGCCCAAAUGCCCUCCUAAAGAGCCAUUUUUUAACCAACCACAUAAAAUCAAAAUAUUGGAGUCUAGCAGAUCGCACUUGAUAAGAUGUUCCACAUGGUAGGUGCCAGUUUGGAAAAGGCCCUGCUCAUGAUAGCUGCCCAUUAUGCCUCAUGAGGGGAGAACUUUGGAGUGAGGACUCAUAUGUUGAAUUGGGCACAUUGAAAGGAACAUAUGGAAUUACCACUGUAUCUUUACGUUGCAGUUAUGCAUAAUCAUAUAAAAUCAUAAGCUCAUCUCUUAUUUAAAUCUAAAACUCUAAAAUUAUUGAAUAUAUCAGAUAUUUUAAUCUCAACCAUUUUUCAGUUUGAGCACAUCCUAAUGCUCUUUGCUAAUGCACUUGAGGAACAAUAUCCCCAAAAUCAUUCUCUCUUUGAACUAAACUAUCCAAUUUAUCACCAAGUUGUUUACAUAAACAUGUACUUUAUUCAUUGAUGUUUUUAAUCUACUUUUUUGACACUCUUAGGUUUCUCAGUAUAUUCUUUCAAUUAUUCUUUAUCUGUGUGUCUAUCUUCUGAAAGUUUGAAUUCCUUCAUUAAAGAUUUUUUUCCCCUUGCCUCGAGAGACUAUGUUGGGAUCUCUUACCCAAUUAAUUUUCUCAGGAAUUUUUGGAGUCAUAUCCACAAAUCAACUUUGAAUCAUUCACUCCCCAAUAUAUUAGCAGGACAGUCUUAACUAUAAAUCUUUCAUUUCAUCCAUCCCACAGACAGAAUCAGUAUCAUAUGAAUUUGUUUCAGAUUUUUUUCAAAUAAUCAUAUUUCAAUACCGCCCAAUCAUAUCUCGCAUAAUAUAUAUUGUGCAUCUCCCGUAUACAAGAAAAUUGUAGAAAAUGAAGUGCAUAAUGUUGCAUCAAUGCUGGACAGUUUGUAAACUAUAAACAUUUUUCAGCUAAAUACUAUAUUUCGCUAUCCCUUACAUACUAUAAUUUAUAUUGCAACAAAUCCAUAUAAAAAAGAACAUUCAAAUUCCAAAUCCUUAUUAGUUGAGAAAAUAUCAGUCACAAAAUCAAAUUGGAAUUUAGUAUGUAGUAAUGUUUUUGACAUGCAUUUCCGAAUAGGUUCAUGGUAAUAUUGGUUAAUGUUCCAAAUAGUCAGAAUUCUAAGACUUUGCUGAACAGUGUUAUGAAAUGGUCGCACCUUUUGAUGAUCUAAGUCACUUGUACUGGUGAGGUGGCCUCCAGCCAUAUACAGGUGUACAAAAUACACACCUGGAAGUGAGUUGCUGUGGCUGGUCUGUGUUGGAAAUGGAACGUGUUAACUGCCUCCUCCCCCCCCCCCCUGGAAAAGGUGGGCAGGUUUUCGGAGUACCCAGCUUGACAGUUCUCAGCUUCUGUCUCUUUGAAGUAGUAUUGCAUUCACUGAACUUGAGCCCCUGGGAUAGGGUGGGUUAUAAAUGUUUGCUUAAAUCAGGCUUUUUAACUGUUGCCUGUACCAAAGGAACAGACAGCUGCUGCCUAUACUUCUAGAAUAAAACUUACUAAUAAGAGCCUUCAUUAAAUUUGAUGGUUCAAACAUGUGCCAUCAUUGGAAGCAGACAGAGAAGGGUUAAUGGAAUUAGUUUUGAUACCAUUGUAUUUCUGAAUGUGCUGGCUUUGGAAGUCUUUUAAUUGUCAUGUUUAAUCUCCCUUUUAAUCUUUCCAAACUUGGCAGAGGUUCUGCACUUAGUAUUACCUCUUAAUCAUCAUUAGAUAGAGCUUGAUUUGUUGCCUUCUUCACGUGUAUUGCUUUUGCCCGAUUACUAAUAACAUUUUACAUUUGCCAAAUGAAGGUUCACUGGUGUUGGUCUAUAAUCCUCCCCUCCCCUCCCUUUUUCAUUCAAAUGCAACCAAGAAUGAAUAAGUUCUCUAGACACCAAGAGCCAAUAGAUGUGGCAACUGGUGCUUAACACUGGAAAUGUCCAUUGUUAGCACAUUCCCAGGAAAUGCUCUUCAGCUUAUCAGGGGGAAAUGUCAAGACGCUUAAUAAUCAGCUCUUAAGGAAUUCUGCCCUAAAUGUGGAUUGUCUGCCAACCCCCUUCCAUUUUAUUCAGAUCUGUUGCAGAUUUGGAUGUGAGAUGUUUUUCUGUAGGCGACAGUCAAUGUUCAACUUUCAAUGUACACUUGUGAAUGCUGAUGUGACAAUCCGAUUCAAAUGUUGUGAAUGUCUGAACACUAUUGAGAUAAUACUGUUUGAAAAUUUCCUGAACUGUAGUUGUUAGCAAUCACUGUAGUAUGUCCAGAAAAGGAGAAAAUCUCAAUCUCUCUUUCUCUCUCCCCCCCCCCAAUAUUCAUGAAAUCUCUCUGGGAUUUUCAGUUUUCGCCUUUAAAUACCAUAAAUUUAUGUGAAUAUAAAAUCAUGCACUAGUGGUUAAAAGCAAAUGUCUAUAUGGUUAAGUUUGAGUUGGCAAUACUUUCUUUUUUUAUGUCUGUGCAUUUCAUUCUGCAGUUAGCUUAAAAUUUGUUCUUGGGCAACUCUGGAAGGGAGCAACUCAGUGUUAGAGCAUAAUAAUAGUUGGCAUGCAAAAGGUUCAGGGUUCAUUCUGGCAUCCUUAAAAGGCUAUUGGGUAGCAAGGUUGGGAAAGACUUCUGCUUGAGACCUGCUGCUAAUUGUUUCUAACUUGGAUAGUUUAGCUGAAACCUGACAUUUAACUGAACACACGAAAACCAGUUUCUAGGUCUACACAUUUAGCUGUUCUGCUUCGUAGUGCUUGUGAGAGUUUCUGCUUGUUUGUUUCAGCUUUCAGCUUUCAAUUACCUUUUAAUGAUGGCAUAUUCUUUUUAUCUUCUUUUCAGGGCAGCCACGGAACUUACAAGAUCUAUGCCGAAUUAAAAUCCGCCAGUGUAUAGGCCUUCAAAACCUCAAACUACUUGACGAACUACCAAUUGCCAAGGUUAUGAAAGACUACUUAAAACACAAAUUUGACGAUAUCUGA